CGCAAACGAGCGAAACUUGCGUGUGCACCAUGCAAAAGCCGAAAGCGCAGAUGUGACGGUCAGUCGCCUUGUACUACUUGUACAGAGUUCGAAUACGACUGUUAUUAUGAGCAUCAUCCUAGAAAGAAGAAUGGAGCCAUGGCGCAGACUACUAUGGUUCCAUCCCCUCAAUCACCCGCUGCUAUGCUAGCAGCCAGUGUCGACGAUGUGCGGCCCGAGAGAAAUUCUAUCUUUGAUGGUCCCGCGUCUCACUUACAGUCCAUUGAGGCCAAUUCCGGAGCCGCAUUUACACGGAGCCUCGGUCUCAGGAUGGAUUCGAUGGAGGCUCCUCGUCUACACAUGUUUGCCUGGAAUCUCGGACUCAGGGACGAACCCAUAAAGACGUCUUCGUUUCGAGGUUCCAUUGUCGACAUUCUAUCAAGCCAAGAAAUGUCAGAGCUGGCGUCAGUCUAUUUCGCUGAAGUCCAUCCUGUCUAUGGCUUCGUGGACCGCGUCAGUGUCGAAAGCAUGAUUACCUCAAGAUGGACGCUUGAUCUUCGUAGCGAGAUUUCUGACACAAUCCUUUGUGGAAUCGGAGCAUUAGGCUGCCUUUUCUCCCAUAAAAGGAGUCAUCUCGAAGCACAGCUGGUUCAUAUUGCACGUAUGAUGUUGGAGCAUUCAACGAACUUCCCGAAUCAGUCCGUACAACACGUUAUCGGCUGGCUUUUGCGAGUCAUCUAUCUUCGAUUGACCGCCUCACCUCAUGCUACAUGGAUGGCGAGCUGUACGCUGAUGCAUACCAUAGAAGCGACGCGACUCCAUCUCGAACCUUCAAUUGAAUUUGUCCUGUCGCAUCCGAUCGAGGUCUGUGAUCCAGAACUUAGGAGGAGACUAUAUACUGUGGCUUAUCUGUUCAAUACUUGGAUUUCCUACGACAACGGGCGAUCAAGAGUCGAUUUGCAUGGUGCUUCCUGCUCCUCCCCAACGGCUGAUUCUAGCGGAUGCUCCACUGACUUUCUCGACAUCUGUCAGCUGUCUAAGUUUUUGGGUCCAGCGAAGAUCAGGGACUCUUCGGAGUUGGAAAAGGCAUUGUCCCGGGCGUAUCUUCUUGCACCGACGCACCCCAUGCUCAAGCUUGUGAAGUGUAACAUAGUUUUAUGCAUCUACCGCAGACUGCGCGCUCCAGGAUUCGCCAUACCCACAAGAAGUCUAGAGCAGAUAUUGUCCGUGAUAGACAUGGGCCUCACGACCAUCGAACAAAUGAUUCAGACCAAAUCGCCAUGGUGGCAUGUUUCUAACGUGCCAUUUCAAAUUGUUUGUACUUUGCUUGCAAUGGACACGAGCAAGUCUGUUUCACGUUUGCAGAGGAGCCUCAGAGCCUUGCAUUCCGUCUAUCAGACAUACGGCACUAAUGUCACUGAAGAGUCAUACACUACUGCUCGCGUGCUGGUCCGCCUUCAUCGUCGACAGAAGCAGGAAGAUCUGGCCAUGUUGGAUGAGUGCCUG